AUGCCAACCUCUACCCCUUCUGGCGAGCACGAUGAUAAACCCCCAGACAAGGAGGCCACGAGGUCUCCAUCACAAAAUGGUGAAGUGAACGGGGAUAAUCAGGGGCCGGCAUUGGGUAUUGCGGUCAAGUCUGCAGGUCUGAACCCUGACCUGAUCUUUGCCAUGAAUGCGAUCGCCAUUAUCCCCCUGGCGGGACUGUUGAGCCAUGCCACCGAAUGUGUCGCUAACCGGCUAGGCGAUACGGUUGGGGCAUUGAUUAAUGUUACUUUUGGAAACGCAGUGGAGUUGAUCAUUUUCAUCGCCCUUGUCAAGAAUCAAAUUCGAAUUGUUCAGGCAUCCCUGCUCGGGUCCAUCCUGGCAAAUCUACUUCUCAUUUUGGGAAUGGCAUUUCUCUUGGGUGGCCUACGCUUCCAGGAACAGAUCUAUAACAGCACUGUCACUCAAAUGAGUGCCUGUCUCCUCAGUUUGAGCGUUAUGAGCUUGCUCCUCCCGACGGCCUUCCACGCCUCCUGGUCAGACAACUCUUCCGCCGAUAAAUACACCCUUAAAGUCAGUCGUGGAACAAGUGUGGUUUUGCUUCUUGUGUACAUCCUGUACAUCGUGUUCCAGCUGAAGUCCCAUUCGUAUCUAUACGCCAGCAUUCCACAGCAAAUUAUUGACGAAGAAUCCCACCCGGGUGUACUGGCUGAGUUUAUGAACCCUUCGUCGGACUCGUCUAGUAGUUCAUCCGACAAUGAAUCAGUCGAUACUACCACGUCAUGGUCGACAGCCAAACGCAUCAAGAGAGCAAUGAAAUCCCGAAGAUAUCGGAAAUCGAGCACCAGCUCCAAGGAUUCUGGAUCAUUGCGCAAGAAGUCCGUUUCUGAAGCGCCCAGCGCCGGCGUAAGCGACACAGUCGGGUCUAUCGUUGAGUCGAUACCCAGUCACCCCGAGGACCAGUGGUAUCAUGCCACAAGCCCGCCAGAUGACAGCCGAUAUGACGCAGAUAACGACACACAUCGAUUCAAUGUGCCACAGUCGAGAGACUUCGGUCGAGAUGUUGGUCGCAAAAAGGUCUCCAGGCGAGACUCCAAGGCGAAGAAGCGCCGAAGUAAAGCAAACAAGAAGCCCAAGAUGACCCAGGAGCAGGAAAAGGAAGCCGCUAUAGUUGCCACUACUCCAGUUUCUACGCGACCAAAGUUGAAUGCUUUAUCGGCACCGCCUGAUUGUUGUGAAUCCCAUGUUGUCUUUCAGGAUGCAUCUGAAAUUCCCAAGAGACGAUCACCAUUUCGCCCGAUUAUGCCAUCCUUACUCUCGAACACGGUUUUCUCUACCACAGUGACUACCAACAAUACUGCACCGGUCGGCUCCUCAGGCAACUUCAACGGACUUCGGCGCUCUAAUUCUCUCCCAAGCAAGAUGAAUCAAAUGAACAGGCCCCCUCCUGUUGGAAAUGCCGUUCAAUUUGCCCGAGGUGCAGCCCGUAUGCCCACUGCGGUCCAUCCCACAACCGCUGAAGUCCCCCCUCCGUCCCAUGAGCCGGACAUGUCGCGUACUGCUGCCGUGGUCAUGCUUCUCUUGUCAACGGGGCUUGUGGCAGUAUGUGCGGAAUUCCUGGUGGAUGCUAUUCCAUCAAUGAUUAAGAGUUCGAACGUCAGCGAGGCUUUCAUCGGUCUGAUCAUCCUGCCCAUAGUGGGCAAUGCUGCGGAGCAUGUGACCGCUGUCACUGUGGCUACCAAGAAUAAGAUGGAUCUAGCUAUUGGAGUGUCGGUUGGAAGCAGUAUCCAAAUUGUGGUGAUUCUGGGAUGGUGCAUGGAUAAGGAAAUGACGUUGUACUUCACUCUCUUCGAGACUGUCUGCCUGUUUGUCACCGCCUUCGUGGUUAAUUUCCUGGUGUUGGACGGGCGUAGUAAUUACCUAGAAGGGGCUCUAUUAAUUGCUGCAUAUGUGAUUAUUGGAGUUGGUGCCUUCUUCUACCCUGCCACAGAUAAGUCCAGCGACGUUGGUAGUGUCGGUAGUUUUGGUAAUGGUUACUGA